UCUAAAUCAGGAGAUACGUCGACGUUAAUGAAUCGCCAUUUUAGAAAGAAGGAGAGCUGUUCGGAACAAUAGCAGUCAGUUAGCUACGUGCUUCAACGUUAUAGUACAUAUUUUUAUUUUAUCCAGUGAUCCUACAACGCAGAAAUGUCUCGGGACAGAUUUAACCUUAAUGUUAGAGGAAAUAAUCGUGGAGCUGGAUUUCAACGCCGGGGAGGUGCUGGCCCGAUGCGAGGUGGAAUGGGUAACAUGAAUAAUUUUAGACAAAACCAACACCCUUUUCAAAGAGGGCCUCAUCCCGGUAACUUUGGAAAACCACCCAACCAGAUACCUCAGAUAACCCCUCAGAAGCCACCCGCACCAACUCUUUCCCAGCCAGGCGCUCAAGCGAUUCGGCCACCACCUACUCCUGGCCCUGCGCUAACCAUGAAGGGCCCCAUACAGCAACAGCAGGCCGCCGCCGCCGCAGCAGCUCCGGUCGCCGUAGCGGCAGCAACUCCGACGACCGCAGCAGCAGCAACUCCGAUGGCCGCACCUCCGGCGGCCGCAGUAGUAGCGCCGGCUGCUCAACCAAAAAUGCUGUCCCCACCUCCGAAGCCUGUUCCUCCGAAACCCGCACUUUCAUCUCCCCCACCAAACCAAAUUAAAAAACCCGCUCUCUCAUCUCCCCCACCAAACCAGAUGAAUAGAAACCUGCAAAGACCAGGACCCGGCAACGCCAAUGGGAAUAAAUCUGCACCCGCGAACAAAAAACCUGAACCUCAAACGCAGAAGAACACUUCAAAUGAGGCCGAAGAAGCCCAGCCCCCCAAUGAGUUGCGAGCGACAUUGUCCUCGUUGCGCAGACCUGGCGAGAAGACAUACACUCAACGAUGCCGCCUUUUCAUUGGAAACCUUCCCAACGAUAUCUCGGAUGACACAUUCAAGAAGCUGUUUGCGAAGUAUGGCGAGCCCAGUGAGAUUUUCAUCAACAAAAACAAAGGCUUUGGCUUCAUACGGCUCGAAUCCCGUGCAUUGGCUGAGAUAGCUAAAGCUGAGCUGGAUGACGUACCCAUGAAAGGCAGACCGCUUCGGGUGCGCUUUGCAACUCACUCGGCUGCACUGUCUGUGAAGAACUUAUCACCUUUUGUUUCCAAUGAGCUACUGGAGGAGGCCUUUUCCCAGUUUGGAGUGGUGGAGAGGGCUGUUGUAAUUGUAGAUGAUCGCGGGCGCUCCACUGGCAAGGGCAUUGUCGAAUUUGCCUCUAAACCUGCUGCACGAAAGGCCCUGGAUCGUUGCAAUGAUGGAGUCUUCUUGCUCACCACGUCACCUCGUCCAAUCGUCGUUGAGCCCCUCGAACAAUACGAUGAUGAGGAUGGUCUACCAGAGAAACUGGCACAGAAGAACCACAACUAUCAUCAGGAGCGGGAGGAGCCACCCAGGUUUGCCCGUCCUGGCACUUUUGAGUUUGAAUACUCUAAGCGUUGGAAGUCCCUGGACGACAUGGAGAAGCAGCAGCGCCAGCAAGUGGAGAAGAACAUCCGCGAAGCCCGCGAGAAACUGGAGGGAGAGAUGGACGAUGCUUUCCAUGUGCACCAGGCCAACAUGAUCCGCCAAGAUCUGCUGAGGCGUGAGGAGGAGCUACGACGCAUGGAGGAGAUGCACAGUGCGGAGAUGCAGAAGAGGAAAGAGAUGCAGCUCAGGCAGGAGGAGGAACGUCGCAUACGUGAGGAGGAGACGCUCCGCCAGAGGGAGAUUGAGGAACAAAUCCGGCGCAAGCGGGAGGAGGCCUACAGAAGUGGGAACUUCAUGGACAAUAGGGAUAUGAGAAUGACUCAGGGUGGCGCCAUGGGCAUGGCUGACAAUCAAUUUGGCUCACCCAACCAGAAGUUCCCCAUGGGACUCCAAGGCAUGGGGGCACCUAACGCUGGGGGAGCCAUGAUGCCCAAUGAAAUGCGCAACGAGCGGAACUUCCCUCAGGGAGGCCGGGGGGCAAUGGGUCCUAACAACCAAGGGUUUGGCAGGGUCCGUGAGGAGUUUGAUGGGCCUGCCAAGAAGCCCCGCUUUUAAAUCUUUUCAGUGUCCCUCAUAGCAGUGUUUUUGUGUAGAUUCUCUGAACAUCUUCACAUUGAGUCAUUGUUAUAUUUAAGUUGAAAGUGUUCUUGCACUUUAGCCUGAAUACUCAUUCAUUUUAUGGCAAGUUAGGUUUUUCUUUUUUGAUUUUGUAUUUGUAGUGUGAAAUUGAUGAAUUGGUCACUCAGUAAUCACAUAGUGCUAUCCCACCUAUGUUUAACUUUCUUUCCAGUUGUAUCGUGCUCGUGUCGUAAAUGGUGAUAAAUGUAACAUUUUGUCACCUUUCUAUGGCUGUGUUUUGUGCCAUUUAAGAUUUGAACUAAAGACAUGUAACUUUACAAUAAAGACCUAAUUUGGUUCUUUCCAAACCUUCUUAAAGUUUAUUUUAACCCAAUUUUGAGUCGUUAUCCUAAAUAAGCCCAGCAAGAGUUGACAAGCCUUUUUCCCUAGAGGUUUAUUAUGUUGGACGCCGGGGGUGAACAGCAACUUUAUAAUGUAAAUGAUCACCAUGUGAACUAAGUGGAACAACAGAUGCAUACUGGACAGUAUCGAUAAAGAAAGUUGACAUUUUAGAGCACAAUUAGGCCUAGUAGAAAUUGUACUUUUGGGGCCCAAUUUUGACAAUGGAAAUUAGCAGUGCUGGUGUCAAACGCGAUUAAUGCUUCUAGAAUUGUUUGUUUAUAAAAAUGUCCUCUUUGACCACAUUUAACUUCUCAAAGCAGCACUUGAUUCAUCCACUGUCUCUUGAUAUUGCAUCAUUCAAUCUGUUUAAUUGGAAUGUAUGUAUCAUACAUGGGAAUGUAUGAAAACGAUUUAAGAAUGUUACCCUAAAUAAUUCCAGUUUAGGGCCUCCCGGGUGGCGCAGUGGUCUAGGGCAUUGCAUCGUAGUGCUAGCUGCGCCAACAGAGUCUGGGUUCGCCCCCAGGCUCUGUCGCAGCCGGCCGCGACCGGGAGUUCCGUGGGGCGACGCACAAUUGGCAUAGCGUCGUCCGGGUUAGGGGGGGUUUGGCCGGUAGGGAUAUCCUUGUCUCAUCGCGCUCCAGCGACUCCUGUGGCGGGCCGGGCGCAGUGCGCGCUAACCAAGGGGGCCAGGUACACGGUGUUUCCUCCGACACAUUGUUGCGGCUGGCUUCCGGGUUGGAGGCGCGCUGUGUUAAGAAGCAGUGCGCCUUGGUUGGGUUGUGCUUCGGAGGACGCAUGGCUUUCGACCUUCGUCUCUCCCGAGCCUGUACGGGAGUUGUAGCGAUGAGACAAGAUAGUAAUUACUAGCGAUUGGAUACUACGAAAAUUGGGGAGAAAAUGGGAGAAAAUUUAAAAAUAAUAAUAAUUCCAGUUUCAGCCACUGUCUUCUUAGGUCAUCAUUCAAGUGGCCAUGUUAUUAUGAGAAACGGGAACUGUGAGAGAAGUGGUACCCUUCAAGCUAUCAUAUAGCUUUUUCAGCCUUCCACUUUGUUAAUUUUAUUUAUGGCUCCUUCUCUGAAUUUCUUUAGUGUCUUUCAUAGCCUAAGCUCUGAUAAACCAACAGGGAUGUGAACUGAUUCAUUCCAGUGACUAUAGUCACUUUGAAGUUUCACAUGAACAGAUUGGACAACUAGGUCUGAAACAUCAUUAAAGGGAGAGCUUGGUUUUUAGCAAUGAAGCCCUUUAUCAACUUCCCCAGAGUCUGAUUAAUUUGUGCCUACCAUUUUACGUCCAUUAAGAAUAAAGUUAGAGGUAAUUUCGUGAGCCAGUAUUAACUAGUGCUAGCUUAAUGCAAAGACAAAUUCUUGAGGAUGCUAGCUGUACCUGGACUUCCAGUCCUUGCGCUAAACUAGUUAGCAUUUUCUCCCAAAACAACCUCUUAUACUGGACGCAGAGACACACUUGUGACCACCAUUUUACGUCUGACUGGGGAAGUAUAUAAAGGGCUGCAUUGCUAAAACCCAAAGCUCUCCCUUUUAGGAUUAGGGCACAUUGUUUUAAAACUGUCAACGUUAUCUUUCACGCAUUUAUGAAGAUGUUGAGAUAUGAAAACGCCAGCCCUUUGCAACGGAUUUUCUUGAUUUUUAAGACUGCUCGAUUAGACCUCUAAAUCUGUGAGACUUAAGACAAAGCACACCAAAGGGUAGAUAUGUCAGCGAUGUAAGCAACCACAAAAAAUAUAUAAAUAUAUAUAUAUAUAUAUAUAUAUAUAUUUACCAAGAAAGCUACUGAGAAUGGAGAACAUUUUCCGUGUAAUUACAUUUAUUUAUUUAUUGAAGAUCAAACUUGUGCGCCUACGAGUUUAAAAAUAAUCUCAUCCAUAUUUUUUACAUCGGUAUUGAAAUUGCACUAGUCACUCUGUACUUGAACUCAAUAGGCUCUUAGAAUUUUGUCAAUUUCAAACUUGACAAUUACAGCACAAAGACUGAUCAUGGUUGUGCUCAAUGUUACUCAAAUGACUACAAACAUUCAGUUGUUUAUCAAAACAGUUGUCUAAACAAAUCUGAUUGAAUACCUUAACAAAAGUAAUGUAAACCAUCAAACGUUCAAUGUUGUUCCUGUAUGUUUGUUUUGUGUACAUUUCUUCUUUGACAGGUUUGGCCACUUUAAUGGUUGCCGUGUGUAAGGAGACAUUUCUAAAACAAGAAGUCCUAGGCCUAACUGAGUCGCACUUAAUACAGUUUACUCCUUUGACUUGUCUUACACAGACCAACCCGAUGAAGAGUCUUGCCUUAGUGAAGAGUUUUCAGUAAUGUAACAGGAUACCAGUUGGUGAAAUAUUUUUUUGAUUUAACAGAACAGUAAAUAGCAACCCACUGUGACUGAAAUCGGAACUGACACCCCAUCUAAAAUUCUAACUGGGUGUUGGAAGACAAUGAAUGAAGCCAGUUUGCCAGAAUGGCUAAAUAACAAGAAGGCUGGAUCUGGCAGUGUUUCUUAGGGUGUAUGUUUCUAGGUGAACUCUUUAGUCAGCUCUUCCCGGACUACUCACCAAGUUGGUCAACUUGCUAUACUAAUGUUGACCUACUGUCAACUCGGUGGGAUGUAGGACUAGAAGUAGCAAUGUACUGGGAAAGAAAGAUCAGACACAUUUUAAAUGAAAUUUCAACACAAUCUGUGGUGAUCUUAUGCUAACAAAGGAAAUGACCACGGUUGCUUUAUUUGAGCCUGUUGGGCUUUGUUUACAGGCAGCCCGAUUCUGAUAUUUUCCCCACUAAUUACUCUUUUGACCCAAUCACAUCAGAUCUUUUCAGAGCAUAUCUGAUUUGUCAAAAGACUAAUUAGUGGGUGAUAAAGUUUAAGAAUUGGGCUGCCUGCCUAAACGCAGCCAUGUCAUACUGUUUGCAGAUUGAAUCACAGAUCAGAGGACAAACUAAUGGUUAAAAUAAAUGUAGCUAGCUUUGUUUAUGCACCUGUAGUGGGAAUGUAGAUCACCCCUUAGUUAUUUUUAUAUAUAUAUUUGUUGUCCUGGCUUUAUAUGGAUUAUUGAAGUACUCUGAAAUAGUUGCCAGACUUGUAUAACCGAUGGAAGUCUAUGGUAGAACUUCCCCUUAUUCCCCGUCACCCUUCAGCAGACUGAGGAGACCUGCGUACCUAUAAGGAGCGAGAAGCUUCUCUUUGUCAAGUGUCUUGAGUGCAUGGGCGUGCAGUAGCUGUGCAAUAAAGUCCAACAGCCAGCCUGCCCCAUUCCGCAGUAGAGGCUCCAAGUAAAGGCUCCGGCAGUUGGUUACGUUGAGGAUCAGUAGUUCUGCAGAAGUCAGUGGACAGUAGAGCCUGGACUUGUGUGCAGCGAGAGGUAUGCUUACAGAGCCACUGAAAAGGUAAGUGUUCCUGUAAAUGAUUUGUUUAAAUGCCAAACAUUUCCUGCUCUACCUUCCUCUGUCACCUGACGUGAUGUGACAAUACAGGGGUUCUGGCAUCACACUUCUGAAAAAUGGAAUCACAGUGCAGUACUCGUUCCUCCCUCCAUAUGUGAACGUGUGGCAAUGUGUUUUUAGCCUGUGCAGUAUCUGGUAUUUUCCCUUCCAUUUCUGACUCAAGCUGGUCUCUGUAUGAAACAAACUGUAUAUGGACUGCUGUGUCACUGGCUCAACAAAUAGUGUAUGAUGGUGUAUACCCACAACUUGACUUGGGUUCAAUCAACACAACUCCUUUUGCUGAGACUUCUUUCAAGCUGUAAUGACGAGUGCAAUGGGGGGGAGGGUUACUGGCAAUUGUUUUUUGACAUUGAAUUAUUAGGUUCCUUGGCCCUGUAGAAGGGACUUUUGGUUGUUGGUGGGGGGAGCUUUAUUGUUGAUCUUGACCUAUUUCAUCAAGUAAUAUAAGGAGCAAUUUGUGAAGCUUGUCCAAUGUUUGCCUAAUAUUAGAACAUCAUUUACUUUGCCUAUAUUGCAAACCUUCAUACAGUAGCCUAAGUCAUGUAGACCUAGGCUACAAUGUUGCAGUUAAGGUGUAUCGUAGUACUCGAGCACAGGACUCUGACUCAAGUCGAACUAGUUAUUUUCAAUACAGAAACGGUAGCUUUGACUCACGCAAUAUUCAGCGCUAGAAUCUUUUUUUGUGCAUGUGAGGAUCAUCCUGGUGACCAAAUGUUCAUUUCGACUUGACGUGUGCUCUAAGUGGACUUCCUUUUUUUGGAAGUCUACAGCGCAAAACUGGCAAGUGAUAUUUGCCCAGUUGAUUCUGUUACGGCAAAGGUGAAACUCGCUUAAAGGACCCCUAACGAGUAAUUGUUAACGUAUUUUAUCAGAGGUUCAGACUUGCGGUGUCCGAAUACCCAUACUAGCGUACUAUGUACUCCUCGUCGCAUACUAUUUAGCACGUACCGUUUAGUGAAAAGUAUGCAGUAUGCCACAGCCGCAACGCAGUAGUGGCUUGUGACUGGCUGAGUGCGGGUGGGUUUUUCCAGCCUGAUAAUAGCUCAUAUUUGAUACGUUACUCUAAUCUCUGAAUAGGAAUGGCGUAAUAUGCCUACUCAGGAUGGUUAUAGGCAGACUACCACAUUCGACCUAUACCAUAAGCCAUUUAUCCUAUUUUUAAAAGGACAAACAGACUUUGGUUCCAUUUCAACAUAUUCAUUAGUGAAACCAAAGGGCUGUGAGAUAUCAAAAUAUAAAUGCAACAAUUUAAAUGAUUUUACUGAGUUACAGUUCAUAUAAGGAAAUCAGUCAAUUGAAAUAAAUUGGGCAGGGGCACAGCCAUGGGUGGCCCUGGGAGGACGUAGACCCACCACUGGGGAGCCAGGGCCAGCCAAUACCUCCCCCCAAAAAAUAAUCCCCCCACAAAAGGGCUUUAUUACAGACAAACUCAGGAGUAUUUCUCUAUCUGCUCUCCGGGUGGCUGGUCUUAAACAAUCCUGUUUUAGAAGCCGGAUGUGGAGGUCCUGGGCUGGCGUGGUUACACAUGGUCUGCGGUUGUGAGGCCGGUUGGACGUAUUGCACGUUUUCUACAACUACUUUGGAGGCAGUUUAUGGUAAAGAAAUGAACAUUCAAUUCUCUGGUGGGAAACCCUGCAGUCAAGUCAGCAUGCCAAUUGCACACUCCCUCAACACUUGAGACAUCUGAUAUAACUGCAGAUUGUAUCAGGUGCUCCCGUGUAAUGAUCAUGCUGUUUAAUCAUCUUGAUAUGCCACACCUGUCAGGUGGAUAGAUUAUCUUGGCAAAGGAUAUAUGCUCACUAACAGGGAUGUAAACACAUGUGUGCACAAAAUACUAACAUUUUAAGGAGAACAAAAACUACUUUGCCUACAUUUGAACACUGCUGAAUCUUCCCAAUUUAAGUAGCGUUGUUUUGUUUGUCUACUUGACGAGAACUAUAGCCCAUCACUCACAGUCCCCCUGUUUCAAUGCAUUGUCGACGUGUGCAAGGAAUUCUACUAGAUGAAGGGCAGAAAUGAGUAACAUCCUGGCAUUUAAACAAAUUCACACGCUGUAACACGUUGUUGUAUUCUGGGAAUGUGUCAUGCGAGAUUGCGUUUGCUAUUUGUUGAUUUCGGAAGCUCAUCCACAUAUCUAAUUGAUCAGCUAAUGUCAAAGCCUGGAUGUAUGACACCCUGGAUUUAAAGUGUGCUCGAUUUUUGAAAUGUUGCAUACUAUUAGACUUUAUUUUUCCUGCAUACUCAUGCGGCCUACUGUUUUAGGAUGAAAGUAUAGGUAUUCGGACGCGGCCACUGCAUUUUCAAUGCAGAAAUAAUAGGGAGCAGUGAAUUGUACUAGUGUUUGGGCUCUUUCAGUCCUCUUUCCUGCCUGUCUUGUCACACGCCAGUAGCCCAGUUUUUUGGGGGAUGCAUAUGUGAUCGGCAACCUCCAAUUUCCAGAUUUUCUUGGUUGUGCGGUUCAUCAUUAUGGGAUCUUACACGUUUUCAGUUGCUCCCCUAGGUAAAUUAGGAAGGUUUUAGUUUGACUUAUGACUUUUUGUGACACCCAGUUUUCAUUUAUUUGCUGUGAUGAGAUAGUAAUGGAAAUGGCCAACAUGAGCUUGUAGAUUUUUAUUUUCUACUUGACAACUGAGUCCAGGCUGGGAACAGCCUCUACUGUUGUAGAAUGUUACUUUGGUGUAUUGCUAAGGUCAACUAAAACGUGUCAUUUUCAAGCGUUUAUCCACUGGGCUAUUCUUGGGCGGGUGGACAGUCGGGGGACUGGGUUUGGGUCUAUCUGGGUCAUUCACAACCUAGCUAUUCAUAAAGAGCACUUGGUCACGUCACUUGAUACUAUAGUGUGGCAACUACCAUACACAAGAAGGCACUGUUUCUCUUUCUCUCUCCUGUGCUUUGGAAAGACCUAUGACUCUGUCCAAAAAAUGGCAGUCUGUUUUUUUUCUUCCCUUGUGCAUUUUAGGGCUGACCCCAUGUCGUCGAUUAUUUGGUCGAUAGACCGUGUACGUUGGCCGAGAUUUCUUAAGUUGAGCAGUAGCAAAACAAAAAUAAGUGAAUGGUGUACAAGACACCUGUCUGAUUCGCGCCUGUCUAAGUGGACUAAUCUAUUGUGGAGGCCCCGUGGGGGUGGCUCAGUUAUCACUCUAAGACAUGUGCUAUUGAAAUAGUAUAUGGUUAAGGACAAUGGUGCAACACUAAAAUAUAUAUAUUUUUUAAACAAAUGAGCGUUCUCCCUCGUUUGCAAGCAGUCGCUGUCUGCGGUAUUGAAAUGUCAGUGCUCUGUUUUAUUUGAUUUAUUUCACCUUUUAUUUGGCCAGGUUAAAGUUCUCAUUUACAACUGCGACCUGGCCAAGAUGAAGCAAAGCAGUGCGACACAAACAACAACAGAGUUACAUGGAAUAAACAAACGUACAGUCAACACAAAAGUCUAUAUACAGUGUGUGCAAAUGUUGAAAUGCCACCUUUUCCUAGACCAUGUUGCUUUGUGCGUAAUAGGAAAGUUCAACAUAUUUCUGUUGAGGAGCAAUGCAGCACGGUUGGGUGACAAGAAAACAGCCCUUGCCAUAAUUGUGCAUGGCAGAUCAUGCUUCUGUAGCCUGUUUGAAUAAUGGCCUACUGAUUCUGUGAGCACCAAGCCUGGAAUAAGCAAUUUCACAAAUGUGGCUGUUUUUAAUCUUGGCUAUGCUGUAAUAAAGGCAUUACACUUUUUGUUAGAACAGCCUCUGGUAUUAUUUAUUUAGUGUGUACACUGUUCCAAAUGAUCAGAAAUUAUGUAUAAUAACCCUCCUUUUUCUUGAUAUUAUUAUGAUCAUUAUAAUAAGGAAUGUCAUUAUCAUUCGGCUUAGUAUAACAGCCUUGUAUAACCACCAUCGAGCUGUAGGCCUAAGAGCACAUCCUGUUUAGUCUUAAUACCGUAAUUUACUUUGGCCUAUAUUUCAAUAGUUAUAUACACCCCUGUACCAAUCAUUCUGAUUUUAAAUGCUUAAAAAAAAAAUAUAUAUAUAUAUAUAUAUAAAGCGACUGUUGAAUAAUUAGCCUUAACAUUAAAUAAACCGCUCUAUUUUGGCAAUUGCAUUCACAAAUGCAUGCGACUGUUUUUAGUCUUGCUGUAAAAGGCUUUACAAAAAAAUACUUUCUGUAUGCAUAUUUGUUUAGUGUUUACAUUUUUCCAAAUGGCCAGAAAUGAUUGGAAUCUAACCGCACCUAUUUGGCACACACAAUAUGCACCCAGCGCUUGCUCGUUACAUUCCUUUUCUUGAUCUCCAAGGUUUUCACAACUAUUCCGUUAUUCCACACAUCUGACUUCCCCUUUUACCUGAGCAACCAGUAAACAUUCAUGUUUUGAGUUAAUUUGUCACGUGCUCUGCAUCCAUUUUGCUGUCACAUGAGUUAUGGAGUUUGGAUUUUCUAACCAAUUUAUUGAUGUGAUUAUGAUAUGCUAUAGGUCAUGCCCCAUUGGUCACGUGCAUGCGACGCAUAGGCCUACAUGUGUCACGUAAAGAGAGCAAGGGUUGAGGGAAUAGGGAAUGUUUUUCCUAAACAUUUGGCUAACUGAACUUUUCAUUUAGAAAUAGCUGUAAUUAUGUUGCUGCUUCAGCAACACAGACAGUGCGCUAAACACUUGUUCUGUGGUGGUUGCUGCAGCUGGGAGGUGGACACAACGGGUGCUAGUCAAACGCUUUUUUUUUAAGAGUACAAGUCGGAGCCCCGCCCUGCACAAUCAAAUCAAUUGUGGUUGGAGUCCCUCUAGUCAUUUGUCUUAAUUAUUUCAUCCAACAGUGUGCUUAAAGCAUCAGACAAGCUCAGUGCAUAUAGUUGAUUUGAUUAAAACACGGGAUGUCUAUAUAUGGGAUAAUACUUAUUUUUUAUUUUGACCUAUUGAAUAGUCGAAACAACCGACUACUCUGUCGACCAAUUGUAUAUAUUUUUUGUCGAGGACAGCCCUAGUGCAUUUCAUGCUUCAAAGUAUCAUCAAUCCUCGUGUCUUAUAUCGGUGACAUUCUCAAGCCAGUGACCAGCCAGCCAAUCGUAAAGGGUUCAGUUCACAAGGACUGUGCCAACCUCCUUGGUGUAGCAGUUUGUAUGUAAACGGUGUCUCAUGCAGCAAACUUAGUGUUGGUUAUCUUGGACUAUAAGUGUCUUGUGUAGAGAACUACCAUGAGCAGUGAACUCAGCCCUAGGGCUGUUGAGUGUGUCUGUCUGCACUGUGAUCCAUUUCCCCUCGGGAGUCUCCGCUUUGAGUGGCCAGUCUGCUUCUCCGUAUCCCCUUCAGAGUGUGAUGCCAGAACUACCCUCUAGGGCCUCAGGGCCUCUACUGGAAAGGGCAAUGCCUUUUCCAAACUCGUUCUGCAAGACCGACGUCGCAAAUGCCCGUCGUGAUGUAUAAGGUGAAAGCGUCUUCAUAGGUGCAACUCCUGACGUUUUGGGGGGUUUGCUAUAACAAUACUUUUCCAGUGUCAACCAAGUCAAGCUUACCUUGCUUUGUAACUGUUUUCAGUCCUCAUGUUUUUGCAUGAUUGGUGUCAUGGCUCUUAUGCAUUUGCCUGUUCCCUCGGGAGUUACAAAAAAUGUUGCUAUAAAGUGACGUAGCCUACAUAGCUAACUAUGUCAAAAUUUUACUUUUUUAAGAUUUGUAAUGUCUGACAUUAAUUGGCACAAGUUCUUUACUUUAACAUUUUAUACAAUCUGUCAUUUACAUCUAGUGCAUGCAUGUACUAUAGUUUUUGUAAUUUAAAUUCCAAAAAGCUUAAUCCACUUAUUUUUUUUACACUUUCAAGUCCUCUACAUCCCUGUAGAUUAGCACACAUAUCCAGUUAUUUGUGUAGUUGUGUCUUAGGAUAACUUUCCCAAAUUCCUAGCUUCGAGCUCAUUGUUUCUCUCUUACUGCAGGGGCCUCGGGUAAUUGUAGGAGGCUGAGGAGCUGCUCCUGGUUUAACAUGUGGUUAACUGAAGAGACUGAUGUCUGUUCAAACCUGAGCAGGGGCGCCUCUGGUCCAUCCUAAAACAAGGAUGUGGUCUAUCCUAGAGCUAGGAAAUGGAUCUGCAGAACCAGGCGGAAGGGAAUUGUGACGCCGCACCAGCAUCCAACCAGCAGAAAAGCUAGAAGUUCAACAGGAGAUUUAUUAUUUUUCUACACACAAUAUUGCAAUAAAAGGUUAAACUUG